AUGGCAAAAAAGGACAGCAUCACCUAUAGAGCAUGGCAGGGUAAACAUAUUGUAUCGUCGCUAGCAUGGCAGGGUAAACUUAUUGUAUCGUCGCUAGUAUGGCAGGGUAAACUUAUUAUAUCAUCACUAGCAUGGCAGGGUAAACAUAUUGUAUCGUCGCUAGUAUGGCAGGGUAAACUUAUUGUAUCGUCGCUAGCAUGGCAGGGUAAACAUAUUAUAUCGUCGCUAGCAUGGCAGGGUAAACAUAUUAUAUCGUGGCUAGCAUGGCAGGGUAAACUUAUUGUAUCGUCGCUAGCAUGGCAGGGUAAACUUAUUAUAUCGUCGCUAGCAUGGCAGGGUAAACUUAUUAUAUCGUCGCUAGCAUGGCAGGGUAAACUUAUUAUAUCGUCGCUAGCAUGGCAGGGUAAACUUAUUAUAUCGUCGCUAGCAUGGCAGGGUAAACUUAUUAUAUCGUCGCUAGCAUGGCAGGGUAAACAUAUUGUAUCGUCAAUAGCAUGGCAGGGUAAACAUAUUGUAUUGUCGCUAGCAUGGCGGGGUAAACUUAUUGUAUCGUCGCUAGCAUGGCAGGGUAAACUUAUUGUAUCGUCAAUAGCAUGGCAGGGUAAACAUAUUGUAUUGUCGCUAGCAUGGCAGGGUAAACUUAUUGUAUCGUCGCUAGCAUGGCAGGGUAAACUUAUUGUAUUGUCGCUAGCAUGGCAGGGUAAACUUAUUAUAUCGUCGCUAGCAUGGCAGGGUAAACUUAUUAUAUCGUCGCUAGCAUGGCAGGGUAAACUUAUUGUAUCGUCGCUAGCAUGGCAGGGUAAACUUAUUGUAUUGUCGCUAGUAUGGCAGGGUAAACAUAUUAUAUCGUCGCUAGCAUGGCAGGGUAAACAUAUAUUAUAUCGUCGCUAG